AUGACCACGGACACCUCGGCCACCGAGGAGACCAAGGAUACCAAGGCGUCCAAGGUCCCUGGGCCGCUGGAUAAGGAGACGGGCAAGCGUAAGAAGAAGCUGGAUCUUCCCGUCCAGACGGGGCCUCGUCGCUUGACUCCGAAAAAAAUGGUUACCGACAUCAACACCAAGGCCGAGGUUUCCGUGGAACAACAGGAACAGGAGGAGGAUGAGAUCGAGUGGAUCUGGGGGUGUGCAGUGGAAAAGCCAGCGGAGCAAGAUGUUACUCAAGAAGAGCGCGAUUCGACGAGUUCUGGUCAUGUCAUCAAAGAACUUAGAGUCCUUGAAGUCGCCCUCUUUCAACCCACUUGCUCAAGACACAAGAAAAACAAGAGAAAACCAACCAAGCUGGCUUGCCGGAAAGUCAAGACAACUUCUAGCGCACAAUACAACGGAGAAUCGAAAACAACGUCGACAAACACCGAGGAUCACAUGCAGGACAGGAAAAGAAGUGACCAUGCUGUCGGCGACAGUAACAACGAGGGAAACAAAGAUGGUCACAAGGAACAGGGCCGAUUCAAUGGCGAGUGUUAUGACAAGGUCAAGGAGCAAGAACCGAAAAACACGCUGGUGAAGGAAGACGAACAGAGGGUGACGGAGGAGGAGCGAAAGAAGAAGCUGAGAAAGCGUCUGCAGAAAGACCUGGAGAAGGGACUGAGAAUGCAAAAGAACUUGCACAUGAAGCUGCACAGCCAACUGGGGUCACAGAAGGAUUUGGAGCUGAUGAAAGCCAUAUUGACGGAGUUGGAGAAGGGACAGAAAUUGCAGAUGAUGGUGGAGAACGAACUGAGACUGAAGAAGAUGCAGGGAAAGGGUCUAGAUAAGUCGGACUUGCCUAGCGCCAAAGUCUAUACUGAGGACGCUGUGGCAACACGGGUCCUGCCACUGUUGGCUGAUCUUCAAGUACUCGCAGCAUGA